UGCUAUAGAGUCGCCCUGGUGGACCCAGAGAUCUCUAGAGCGGAUCCCUUAAUCCGAUGAUAAAGGAGCAACACCGAGAGAUAACAACAUCUCGGAAGGACAGACAGACGGACGGCAACGCCUCAGACCCCCUUCGGAAAGGCAAGGCCAGACGGAGCUGGACAGUCGCCCGCCAUGAGGGUCCUGGGCCUGGCGCUGACCCUCGGCUGCGUCCUGGGAGCCUUUGGAGCAGAAGAGUCUUGCGAGGGCCGCUGCGACAAGGGCUUUGAUGCGGCGCGCAAGUGCCAAUGCGAUGACCUCUGCGCCUACUACCAGAGCUGCUGCGAGGACUACUUCACCACCUGCCGGUCCAAAGAGACCCGGGGGGACGUCUUCCUGCAGCCGGAGGAUGAUUAUUUGGACUACGAGGAUCCUCCCAACGUCACCGCGUCCGUGAUCCCGACCACCUCUGCGGCUUACGGCACUCCUGGGGACGUCUUUGAAUACCACUGGACGGAGACCCCUGAAUUGGGGGCCUCUGCGGGGACCCCAAAACCCCCCACGGAGACCCCCACGAUUGUGGUGACGGAGGAGGAAGAGGAAUAUCUUUGCAGCGGGAAGCCCUUCGACGCCUUCACCAGCCUCAAGAACGGGUCCAUCUUCGCCUUCCGGGGGAAAUACGUCUACGAACUGGAUGAGAAGAGCGCCGUGCCGGGGUACCCCAAGCGCAUCCGGGACGUCUGGGGCAUCGAGGGGCCCCUGGACGCGGCCUUCACCCGCAUCAACUGCGAGGGCAAGACCUACCUUUUCCAGGGAAACCAAUACUGGCGCUUUGCCGACGGCGUCCUGGAGCCCGAGUUCCCGCGGAAUAUUUCCGACGGGUUUAAAGGCAUCCCGGACGAUUUGGAUGCCGCCUUUGCUCUUCCGGCCCAGAAUUACUUCUCCAGCGAAAGGGUCUAUUUCUUCAAAGGGCGCCAAUACUGGUCCUACGACUUUGCCCACCAACCCAGCCGCCAGGAGUGCGAGGAGACGGCCCCGUCGGUGGUCUUUGGCCAUUACGCCCAGAUGCAGGACCACGACUUCGAGGACAUCUUCCAGAUCCUCUUCGGCGGAGUCCGGCGCAGUGGUGCCAGCCGCCCGAGGCCCAUCUUCCGCGACUGGCGUGGCCUCCCGGGGCGCCUGGACGCGGCCAUGCUGGGCCGGCUGUACGUGGCCCCGAAGGCGAAUCCCGCCCGCCGGCGCCUGCACCGCAAGCCCUCCCGCCGGCACCGCAAGAAGUACCGCCGGCGCCAGGGCUGGGGACGAUGGGACCCGCUGUGGGACUGGCUGCCGCAGGAGAGCUCCGAGUCGGGCGAGGCGGCGGACUGGUUCCUGGGCAGCGACUCUCCCUGCCAGCCGCUCCAGAGCGUCUACUUCUUCGUGGAGGAUAAGUAUUACCGGCUCAACCUCCGGACCCGAAGGGUGGAUUGGGUCUAUCCCAAAUAUCCCCGCCCCAUUGCCAAGUAUUGGCUGGGAUGCCCUUCCGAAGAAGACGAUCUGGCUUGAAGUUCGGACAGAAAACCGAGAGCGGUCCAAUAAAGAGUGUUUUUCCCCCCCUCCUC